GCGCGCACGGUGAGCAGCAGCAGCAGCAGCAGCAGCAGCAGUAACGGCUUCAGCGCUUCUCUGACGCACCAUCGAAGAUGAGCAUCCCAGUCCCACAGGCUGUCAGGGAAGACUCUCUCGACAUCUCCCCCUAGGAAAUCUGCGGUCAAGCUUUCAGCAUCAACUCUGCGUGUUUUUAGUCUGUUUUCCGUGUUCCUUAGGUUGUCUUGUUAUUUGUCAGAUUCGGCGCUGCGUUUGGCGGGGAUGCCCGCAGUUGACAUCUCUUGACUGGGAAUUUACUUCGGAGGUGAUUUUGUAUCCGCACCAACUGUCAGCUAGUGAUUGAUUUCUCUCUACACUUAGGGGGGUUAUCUCCGUGUUUUCGGAGCAUCAAUCGGGACAUUCUUGUGCUUCUAAAAUAAGUGAUUCAAAUUAAAGGUGAAAAGCGGGGUUGAAUCAGAGGGCUGGAGAUCGUUUGGAUGACGGACACCGAGAGGCAAUAGCUCUCGCUCUGCAACGCAAAUCUCUGCGCCCUUGGAAUAUUCUUACAGAGGCACUGUUAGAGUAGAAAUAUUUUCUCAGUUUGCAGUCAUAAUCCAUAGGACGAGUUUGCCCACUGCAGGGGCUGUUGCGGCUUUCUUGUCUGCUCUGUUCUGAAAUACGAUUUGCUUGACGGGCGGGCGUCUGAGCAUCCCGGACGAGCCCGAAUUUGCGAUGCCCAAACAGUGAGACUACGGUGGGAUCUCAUUCGGUCACCCUGCGCGGUAGCAUGGCUCCAGCCCGGAGGGACUGCAGCGGCUGGGAGAUGUUCCUCCCGACGGGAUGCCUGCUCCUCUCUGUUUUGCUAUUUCACCCUGGACUGGCCAAGGUGUGCAACGACCGCACCAAACACGGACAGGACAACAGCUGGUUCACCAGGGACGGGGAAAACUUGCCCAUCAUGGUUCUUAUGCCCAUGAACGAGUCGGCCCUGAUGAGCAGCAUCAGCCAGGGGAUCGAGCCGGCGGUCCAACUGGCCAUCCAGCACAUACGGGAGUCCAGGAAGUACUCGUUCUCACUCAUCACCAAAAUCUACGACACAGAGUGUGACAACGCCAAGGGGCUGAGGGCCUUCUUUGAUGCCAUAUGCUACGGCCCCAAACACCUGAUGAUCUUCGGCGGUGUCUGCCCCUCUGUGACCUCAAUCAUUGCAGAGUCCUUGGAGGGCUGGAAUCUGGUGCAGCUGUCCUUUGCAGCAACAACCCCAGUUCUGGCAGACAAGAAAAAGUACCCCAACUUCUUCCGCACUGUCCCCUCGGACAACGCUGUGAACCCUGCUGUAGUAAAGUUCCUCAACUACUACAACUGGAGCCGUGUGGGGACGCUUACACAGGAUGUCCAGAGGUUCUCAGAGGUGAGGAAUGACCUGACUAAUGAGCUGGAGAAAGCAGACAUUCAGAUCGCAGAUACAGAAAGUUUCUCCAACGACCCCUGUGUCAAUGUUAAGAAGCUCAAGGACAAUGAUGUAAGAAUCAUCAUUGGGCAGUUUGAUGAGAAUCUUGCCUCCAAAGUCUUCUGCUGCGCGUAUAACCUGAAUAUGUUUGGUAGUAAAUACCAGUGGAUUAUCCCCGGCUGGUACCAGGGCAACUGGUGGGAACAGGCGAACACCACCAACUGCACCACCAAGAAGCUGCUUACAGCUAUGGAGGGAUACAUCAGUGUGGACUUUGAGCCGCUCAGCGCACGGCAGAUCAAGGGCAUCUCUGGCCGGACCCCUAAGGAGUAUGAGAGGGAGUACAGCCGAGAGCUUCAGCAGAAGGGAGUGGAGGCCAGUAAGUUUCAUGGCUUUGCUUACGAUGGGAUCUGGGUCAUUGCCAAAACCUUGACUCGAGUCAUGGAACUGCUCCGGGUAAAACAACGGCAGAACACCUACCACAACUUCACCGUGGAUGACCGCGAAGUAGGAAAGAUGGUGCUGGACGUCAUGAACGAGACCAAUUUCUACGGUGUUACGGGUCAAGUCAUGUUUCGGAAUGGAGAGAGGAUGGGCACAAUAAAAUUCAACCAGUUUCAAGAGGGCCAGGAAGUGAAGGUGGGAGAGUACAACGCAAUUGCUGAUGUGCUGGACCUCAUCAACAACUCCAUAAGGUUCCAAGGCGUUGAGCCUCCCAAGGAUCGUACAUUUGUGCGUCUGCAGCGCCGCCACAUCAACGUGCCCCUGUACAGCAUCCUGUCCACCAUCACCAUACUGGGCAUGCUCAUGGCUGGGGCUUUCCUGUUCUUCAACAUCAAGAAUCGUAACCACAGACUAAUCAAGAUGUCCAGUCCAUACAUGAACAACCUGAUCAUCCUCGGAGGCAUGCUCUCCUAUGCCUCUAUCUUCCUGUUUGGUCUGGAUGGAGGUUUUGUCUCUGACAAAGAGUUUGAGACCCUCUGCACUGUACGGACAUGGAUUCUCAUUGUUGGAUACACCACAGCUUUCGGAGCCAUGUUUGCCAAGACCUGGAGGGUGCACGCCAUCUUCAAAAAUGUGAAGAUGAAGAAGAAGAUCAUAAAGGACCAGAAGUUGUUGAUUAUUGUUGGCGGGAUGCUGCUAAUCGACUUAUGCAUCCUCAUUUGCUGGCAAAUUGUGGACCCACUUAAGAGGACCGUGGAAGAAUACAGCUUGGAGGCGGAUCCCCAAGGCAGAGACAUCGCCAUCCGUCCCUUCUUGGAGCACUGUGAGAACACCCACAUGACCAUUUGGCUGGGCAUCGUCUAUGCCUACAAGGGACUGCUAAUGUUGUUUGGCUGUUUCCUGGCAUGGGAGACCAGGAACGUGAGCAUCCCUGCCCUCAAUGACAGCAAAUACAUCGGGAUGAGUGUGUACAACGUGGGCAUCAUGUGCAUCAUCGGUGCUGCCGUGUCGUUUCUGACCAGAGACCAGCCCAAUGUCCAGUUCUGCAUCGUAGCACUGGUGAUCAUCUUUUGCAGCACGAUCACACUCUGUCUGGUCUUUGUUCCCAAGUUAAUCACCAUGAGAACCAACCCAGAUGCAGCUACCCAGAACCGGAGGUUAAAGUUCACCCAGAACCAGAAGAAGGAAGACUCCAAGACCUCAACCUCGGUCACCAGCGUCAACCAGGCUAACACUUCUCGGCUGGAUGGGCUUCAAACUGAUAACCACCGCCUCCGCAUGAGGAUAACUGAGUUGGACAAGGAACUGGAGGAAGUGACCAUGCAGCUGCAGGACACCCCAGAGAAAACUCCUUACAUCAAACAGAACCAUUACCCGGAUGCAAACAACAUCCUCAGCAUACGCAACUUCACAGACGGCAAAGAUGGAGAGAAGUCGAUACUGAAGAACCACCUGGAGCAGAAGCCUCAGGCGCAAUGGGGCUCCAUGGAUCCUUCCAGAAUAAACAGAGGUCCCCUGGAGGAUAUCAACUCACCCGAACACAUACAACGUCGACUGUCCUUGCAGCUUCCCAUCCUGCACCACGCCUACUUACCUUCCAUAGGAGGGGUUGAUGCCAGCUGCACCAGCCCCAGUGGCAGCCCUGGUUCCAGCCCACGUCACAGACACAUGCCCCCCUCCUACCGGGUAAUGGUCUCUGGCCUGUGAGCUUCAUUCACUCCCCCACCUGGCUCUUUGCAGAGGAGACAUAUAUGGUUCUUUUUUUCUACAACAAAUAGACUGAUAUCAUCAGCGUAUGUGCGUAUUUUGUCUCGGAACAAGGAGGACAGGGGGAGAAGAGAGGGAGGGGGGUGGGCCGAGUUUCACUCUUUGUACCUCUUCACCCCAGCCUCUCCUGAGAACUGAAACCCUCAGUCAGGAAGGGGUGGGAGGAGACAGAGUGGGCACUGGAUGACCCUAUCAGACUCCCACACGUCACAGCAAUGUCCCCUUAUUCAUCUGCUCCCCCUGCCUAGGCAUAUACACAUAUGCACAGUCAAACAAACACAAACAUACACGAAUACACACAUGCACGAACACGCUGACCCCAAUAGCAGAGCAGCGGUGGACCAGCCCUGACCUGACGUGUAGCCUUAUCUGCUUCAGAGGGGAUUGUCUGUUUAUGUUCCUUAUCUGUUGUAUGUAUGUGCUCAUUGCUACGCGUGAGCUCGUCAUCUAACUUGAUUAUUUCACUGCUUCAGUGACUGGAUACAGGUGUGGAGAUGUGGAAUUUACAAAACCCAACAAAGAAAAUAGUCUAAUUAACUCCCCGUCCACUUCCCAACCUUGUGGAGACGUGUAAAUAUCAUCAUUUCUGACUUUGAUGUAAGCUGUAUGCUGUAAGCUUUGUAUAUGCUGUGAAUGGACAAUUAAAGGGGUUAUUAGAGUGGAGUUUGUAACAGAGGCAGGUAGUCAUGACAAUUUCAAAUGAGAGCUUCUAAAACAUGGCAUCCUAAAAAGAAUUAGACAUUUGUAUGAAAGAGAUAUGAAUUAGUUUGUGUAACUGUUGAUAAAUUAGCUUAUGGGCAGCAAAGUGAGAUACAUGAAAGCCUGUGAGUCACACAACAUGAAAAGGCUCCAGAGAGCCACUGCUCCAACAUGGAGUAAGAUGUACAUGGCUCCGUUUUUCACUUUGCUAAAUUUGCACCACUGGAUUUCGUCACGUCAGAGAUUUCACAUCAGGCUUUACAUAGGCCUUCCAUAUUUACUUUAUUUAAUUUUUUUAUUAAUCAAAAAUAAAUAAAUGACUCAAUCACAUCCUCAGAAAGCAUGUUAAACAGAAUAUUGAUGCUAUGCCUUUUAACAGGUCUCCAAGGCUGCAUAUUAUGUUAGAUAAUAGAGCUAAAAGACACCACAAGAGUGUUCCACAGUUGUCUUUUAUGCGUGUUUUAUGCCAAGAAAUGCACACCUUCAGAUGUACACUUAAAAAGCAAAAGAGAGCACCUUAUGAAUUCAGGUGCUUUUCAGAAAAGGCAUUAGUGACGGGCCUGGUCAUAUUGAUCCCCACAGAGUGGUCUCUACAGACUGUUAAGAUGUCCACCUGAUCUAGCCCUCACAGCUAACCAGCACAGUAAAGGGCAAUGAGGUUCAUGUCAAUGAGAAAAAGGGCAGAAGUCUCUGAAUAAUAUGACUUCAUCCGAAGAAAUAAAACUCAAGAAGUGAUGGUGGAAAGGAUGUAGGUCUACCAGUUCCACGGCUAGUUUGGAUUAAAUGGUUGACCUGAAUUUCUAUGAGCGGACAGUAAAGACAAUGAACACAUGGAAGCCUUGUGAAAUAAGCCCCAACCAGCUGUAGCUUUCAGUUCCAAGACGGUGAUGACACCACUGCUGGUCACAGUGAUAGAGCAUAAAGCACAGACACAGGGCUUUCUUUCACAGAUAAUAUUGAGUGUCAUGAAAAAUCACUUCACACUUAGCAACAGUGAACAUACCUCAGUUGCUAUGGAAAUGUAAUUCAGUGCCGUUGAACUCGGCCCAAGAAGGCUGCACUGAGCAAAACGGUCAUCGACACAGUGUUGUCAUUUUUUUGUAAAACUGUCCUCAUGCAGGAGAAAAGCAAACAGGGACUCUGGACAAAAAAAGGACUUUUUAUCGAGUGUGAGGUUUGUUCUCAGCAUAUGUUUCACCAUUGGUGUCUUGGUUUUUAGUUUUUAAGGCGUUUGUUGAGCGCUGUGCCUGUUGUCUUAUAUUGUAGCCUGCAGGACCCACAAUACAUAAUAGGGUGAUAAUGGCGCUGACCCAGCAAACUACAGCAUUGGCCACACAUCUGUAAAUUGUACGUGUCAUAGAUUUAUUUGAAUUCAAUGCCUCAAUGCAUGGGACAGUGUGGGAGAACUUGGUGAAAGCUCCAAUUAAUCUAGGAUGGAUUUCCUCUCCAAGCUGGUGUCUGAUCAAAAACACAGUCAGUGAGUCUUCGGCUGAAAGGUCAGCGGAGGAUACAGAGAUGAAGUGGGAGACAAGCUAGCAGAGAUCCACUUGCUGUCGGACAUAUCAUGGUGACUCCCUGUGAGAGCUCCUCCCCUUCCAGCCCCUGCUGAGCACAGGAGCAAGGAAAUACCGAGCACAGACCUCCAAGGAGUCACGGCUUGUCCCGCACCCUUGCCAACCAGAGAAUCACAGUCACUUGACAAGUGAGUGAGUGAGAGACAUUGUCAGAGGAUUGGUUCUUCCCUCAGGAGAAGAAAAACCAACCGCACAUUUUAUAUAUUACAUUAUAUGUGAUUGUGUACAAUUUGCUGAUACCCUGAUGAUGGUGUCCAUGUAUGGAAUAUUUGGUAUUUGGCUUUCUCAAGACGGCAUGAAAUAAAAUGUAUAAUUCACAGAGUUACCUCUGUUUUUGCAACUGUCGUGACAAAUCCACUCUGUUGUUUCAUCCUCUCACCUACAAUUGGUUUUACGUACAUUUCCUUACAAAACAUGGAUUUAACUUCUUUUAAACUGUUGAUCAGCUCACACGUCAAUGCCAAGAUUCUCAGUGACAAACUCAACUUUAUCAUAUAAACUAUGCUACUGGUUUAGCAGUUAUUCACUGAGGGCAAUAAAGUGAAUAGAAGUAGAGUAAUAGAAGUGGUGGUAGCAAAUGAUCAAUCUUAAUAACCCACUCCUGGCAUUUACCAAAUUACAAAUUUAAAUUUUUUUAGUCCAUUCAGAAUGCCAAAUGCAAAUCAUCAGGUAUUGUUCUAGUUUUUAUUCUGUGCCCUGAUUUUUUUUUUCUUUUUUAUUACGAUUCAUUUCAAUUUUUUUUCAACAUGGAUGAAAAAUUGUUCAAAUGCAACUGUAGUAGGUCAAGGGCUCAUAAUUUCCUGUAAUAAAUAACAUCAUGCUGAUGGUUUGUAUUUGCCACAGGUGUUUUUGCCUUUUUAGUUUUAAGAUCAAAGUGACAUAUACGUAUAUAAUUAUAUCUUUGUAUGUGUCAUCAUCAGGGUUUCUGGAUAACACGAAACAUACAUGUCCAAAAAUAUAACAAUAUGACGUAUAUAUUAAGUGGAAAAACACACAGGUCCAUACUGUUACUGUUUUGUCAGUUAGAUAUGUGAUAUCACAUGGCGUUAAGUUCAAUUAAGAGUUUAAAACGGUAAACAAAACCUAUGUUAAAUGCAACAUGUUCAAGAGGGGCAAUAACUUGUUUUCUUAUUACAGAAAGAAUAGAGAACUAUAUAUAUGUAUAUGUAAAGAUCUUUACGUACAUUCUCAUUUUUACAUAGGAAAUAUUUCACAGAAACAUCACAAGGAUACUUGGAAGUCAUUUUUUUAAUUUACAGUAUCUGUAACUAUGUUAUGUACAGAUGAGGUAUAGAUAUGAAAAAGUUGUAUAAAAUAAGUAUCACACUUGGAACACCUGAACAUUUUUGGAGCCAUUAGUUGUUAUGGGGGGAUUUGAAUAACAUUCUUCUUUUAUUGUCUGAAUGUUAUGGACAGCCUUUACUUUUCACAUCAUCGUUAAAUAAAGUGAGACUGAAAAUAAUGAAA